AUGAAUCCUCUGAUCGCGUGUAUGAUCGUCGGCUUGGUAGGGUUCGCCCUUGCCGAACCGCCAGUCUCGUCGGGCUACAACUACAACAGGCCCAGUGGUGGCGGUGGAAGUAGCUACUCGCUCGGCGGCGGCGGUGGCGGUGGCGGUGGCUACUCACUUGGAGGCGGUGGUGGAGGUGGAGGAUACACCCCUGUGUCCACCGGCUAUCAAACCAACGAGGGCGCUUCUGUCGACGGUGCUCUGCUCGAGCAAAUUCGUCAGAUCCUCCUGAAAGAGGAACUCCAGUCCCAACAAACCGGUGGCUUUGGCGGCGGUGGUGGCUACGCCCCUAGCUCCAGCUACGGCGCACCGUCCAGCCAAUACGGUGCUCCCAGCUCCUCUUACGGUGUACCGUCCAUCCAGUACCGUGUGACAGGCAUCGAUCUCGAGGGGAUCAAACAGGCCAUCCAAGUGGCUCAGUUCAACCAAAUCAGUCAAGGGCCUGGCGGCUACCCGAGCGGACCAAGCGGUAGCUACGGGGCACCAAGCAGACCCAGUGGUAGCUACGGUGCACCGUACUAAGCGGUUAACAGAGAUUCAUGGAUUGGAUGUAGGGUGAGAGAGAUAGAGAGAUAGAGAGAGAGAAGAAAGAGAGAAGAGUGAAGACACUUGUCGAUCACACCGCGACUAUUUUUCGAGCUGAAUCGAGUUAGAUGUGUUUGGUCGAUCAGACCAGUCCGGAUCAACUAUACAAGAGCUUCAACUUUGCCAACGGGAAGUUUUAACCCUCAAGUGAAACGUUUCCUUUCACCAUCAAACCGCUCGAAAGGUCGUCGUAAAGAAGGACGGAUCGUUAAGGGACUAUUCGUCAGCUCAGGUCGUAUCAUUCAAAACGAGCAAGUUUAACGUCAGGGAUCCAUGGUCCCCAUAGAUCGAAGGUCGUCGUUUCGACGGGUCGAAGUUCAGAGAGAA